UUGGUUAUAGUUUUUGCUAUCGACUUUUACUCUGGAUAUGGGAUCCCAAAAACCCAGUCUUUCAAUUUUUGCACAUUAUUAACACUCAGUGUUAAAAAUGGGCCAAGUGUUAGUUUUGGAGCAUGUCCCCGGAAUUAGUAAUGAUAUAUUUUAAUGCAAAAGUGGGUGUAUUUAACAAUAAAACGUAAUCCUUUAUCUUCCAAUUAAAACUAAAAUUUACAUAAUCCAAUAUACAUGUAUGGUUUUAAAUUUAUUAAUUACAUAUGACCAGAAUUUUAAUAUCGUCUAAAUUUUAUUUAAGGGUGAAACUAUUUUAUCGAAAAUGCCCAAAAAAAAUAACACAGUAGCAUAUUUGAAUAAAAAAUAAAAACUCAUAUUGUAAAGUUAAAAAAAAAAAAAUAUAAGAGAACUUUAUUUUCCAAUUUUUUCAAACCAUGUGUGACAUGAGCAUCAAAAGAUGCGUCCUGAACCGCUAUAUCAAAAUUGAUUUAUUAAUUACUCAGACAAAUAUAUUUUCAAAAAAAAAUUUGGGCUCAGAAUUUCCUUAUAUUUCAAGGGAUUUUACGAAUUUACUUUUAGUGACAAAUGACAAUACACAAAUAAUCGGAAUGUGUUUGGAAAGGUUAAAGAAAAUUCUUAAAUCUUUUGAAAACAUUCUAAAUUUAAAAACUGGCACAAGGCGGAUUUAAGCAUUUUGAUCAAAAAAGUUCCCCAUAGUUUGGCUCUUGUUUUAUGUAUUACAUUUGUGCGAAGCCUCAAAUAUUUCAUGUAAAAGGGUGAAUUGUUGUAUUCAUCAACAAAAGGUUUGAAUAGGACUAGAACUGCAGUUUUUGAAGAAAAAAAAUGGAAAAUUCCAGUCCUAUAUAUAUAUAUAUACGGGCAGACAUAAUUUUUCUUAUCAUUAAAUAAAGUUAACAUAAGCAGAUCAAAAGCUACUUCUAAAAUUGUAUACCGAGCUUAUAAAGUUUAUACAUUUUAGGUUUCUAAAAUCUGGCCACCAUCUGAAGCCUAGAUGGUUUGGGUUUCUCUCUCAACCGACAAAAAUGAUUUUCUGACCACGCUUCCCCCAAGGGUACCCAGGUCAUUCGCAACAGUUCCACAACAAUCACGAAAUGGAGAGAAUCUUAGCACUUUAACAGGUGCUAGAAAGUCCAGUUUUCCGAAAUCCUCCACACAACUGCCACCAAAGUUAAGAGUAAGAUCGUCUUCUUUAGAAUUCUCAAUUGCAAACAUGACUAAACCCAAAACUGUUAAAGUUUCCUCACAAGCCGAUGAUAUUUUGAGGUUUAAACCUCCCGAUGAUCUUCUAAAUUCAGACAGUGACACCCAGUUUAAUCAUUAUAGUGGUUCAAAAUCUUACCAGACGAGUAAGAAUUUCAAAGAAGAAAAGAGAGUAGAUAUAAAUAUUCAUCCAGUGAGUGAAGAAAAUAGCUUGGCUAUCUCUGUCGAAUUAAACCUUGAACUAUCAAAUGAUGAAAUAACCACGUCCCCAACCCAAGAUCCUUUCCCCAAGCUGGAAUCAGAAAAGAAUGUUAAGUUACAUGAAAUAGAUACUGCAGACUGGGCAUCAAAUGAUAGUCAGGAAAAGGAAGGAUUAACCAUCUUGAUGUCAGUAUGCAGUCAGGAGUUGGAACAUGAAGUAAGGGAUAUACUGAGAAGAAAACCAACCAUGAUUUUCAUGAAGGAUAGAACAGGAAAAAAUGCUAUUCACUAUUGUGCUGACAACCAGCAUACAACUUGUAUUGCACAGUUGAUAGCUGUUCAACCAGAACUAGUCAACAUCAAGGAUAAUGAAGGGUUGACUGUUCUACAGCUCUGUGUAAUAGCGGGGAAUCUUACCAUGAUUAAGUUUUUACUAAAAAAUAAUGCUGAUCUUAACACGACUGAUAAUGAUAAGCGGUCUGUUGUUCAUUGGUCUGUGGUUUGCGGUCAGCUUGAAAUACUUGAGGUUCUCUGCAAGGUUGGAGCAGAUCCUUCUGCUCCUGACAGUCAUGGAGCACAUCCUAUUCACUACGCAGCUCAAGCCUUGUCUUCAUCAUCGAAUUUUGAUUCCUCCAGUGUUGGGCUUGUUUGUUUGAGAAAGCUUCUGUCAUAUGGAGUUGACCCAAAUGUGAAGGACAUAGAUGGAAGACAGCCAUUACUCUGGGCAGCGUCUGCUGGAAAUACAGACUCCAUUUUGGCAUUGGUAAACUAUGGAGCUGACAUUGCUGGAUGUGACAAGGAUGGAUUAACAGCUGUGCAUUGUGCAGCUUCUAAAGGUCACAAUGAUUGUUUGAACAAUCUUGUAACCUUGUGCGGGGCGGAUAUAAACAAGGCAGAUAAAAAUGGAUGCACUGCUCUUUUUUAUGCUGUGACUUUGGGCCACAAGCAAUGCACUACAACACUCCUAGAGCUAGGAUCUUAUAAAAAUGUUAAGGACAGGAAAGGUAGAACCCCAGCACAUGGUGGAGCAGCUAAAGGUCAACUGGAAACCAUUAUUUUACUGGCUAAAUACAAAGCAAAUUUAUGGAUUCCAAAUAAUAAAGGAAACUUACCAUUCCAUGAAGCAAUUGCAUCUGGGAGACUUGAUCUUGUUAAAUACUUUAUCAAUGUAAAACCGAAUGCAGUAAGCAUUGAGAACGGAAAUGGGAAGAUGCCAAUUCAUAUCGCAGCAGCAUUCAAUAACCCUGAGUUGUCUCGAAUCUUGAUAGAGAGUAAAGCUGAAGUAAAUCCACUUUGGAGAAGUCCUGGAAGAAAAUUGUUGACACCUCUAGAUAUUGCCAAAAAGAAAGGGCACAAAGCAGUGGUUAAGUAUCUUCAGCUUGAGGGAGGAUUGUUUGGAAGCGAUAUGAUUGAUGUUAACACUUUAAAGAAAGCUUUAGAUGAUGCACUACAAGAAAAGAAAAUCAUUGACCAAAGAUUAUCAGUGAAUUCUCAGAAAACUGAACCCAUCAGAGGUUCCGAGUCUAAACAAGAUAAUUUGCUGGCAGAAAUAAGUCAAAUUAGUUCCAAGAUAGAGUCAGCAUCCAUCACACAAUCUUCCUCAGUAAGUAACAAGCUAGCACUCCUAGCCUCCCCUAUGAUGUCAAGAUCAGCCUGCAGUAAAUUUUCUUCAUUUGGGAUGGAUAAGAAAGCCCUGAGCUUGCUUAGCACAACAGAUACAGACGAUACAGAUGAUGAGGACAACUUCCAUCAAUCUGUAAGACAGCGGAGAAAAUCUCGUCGCAAAAGGUUUUCCUCACAUCCGCAUUUGAAUAGGCAUGACACUUACUCAGACUUUCUCGGUAGCUCUGUCAGCAUCGGGGAGUUGGGAGAAAACAGAAAAAGCAUUUCAGGUGUAGAGGAGUCUAAUUCUUGUUCUGUGUUUCCAGAUAUAAUUCCAUAUUUUCCAGUUCCGAUUCCUGAUCAAAAUCAAGAAGAAUUGUCUAAAAUGGUAGCAGAGCCGGAGUCAAGGUAUUCUCAAACAGUAGAAAAGGAGGAGACAGUUGAUGACAAUACAGAAUUGGUGAAAAGAUCCAAAUCUUUAGAGAAAGGUUAUACUUCAGGAGAAUCCUUUAUUUAUGAUGGAGUGAUCAAACUAAACCCAUUUAGAGUUGCACGGAGUAGUGGAGAGACAUUCUGUAGAAUAAGAUCUGAUCCAAAAAUGAUUUUUCAAGAGCAGAAGAAAUUACGAAAAAGUCAAAUUGCUUCUGCUUUACAGAAUGAGCUGUAUAACCUUCAGUCACUAAAGUUAGGAACUUCUGAUACUUCUGAAGGAAAGGUGGUGAAAAGAUUUGCUCAAGAAUACAACCGGCGAAUGGCUGAAUUUGUAGGUGUAAGGACUUACACAGGGAGCUUUACAUUUCAAAGCUUAGAAAAUCACAUAAUGGAACAACAGGGACUGUUAAAUAGGAAAACCUCUAUAAUUACCAGAACUCAGUCAGAAGGGUACAUAACUCCAACCUUCGAAAGAAAUAGAAAACCUGUUUCGAGCAGGAGAGAAUCGUCAUCUUCAAAACAAAAAGGAAUCACAUUACCAAAGCUAAAUUUCAGUGAUAAAAGGAAGUUUGAAAAAGUUCCUUUGACAUUGAGCCUUUUAAGUGGUUCCCAGUCACAUCAGGUGACUUUGCCAACACAUCUCCUGGAUCCAAAUAAAGCCUACUCAGUUUCUUUCAAUAUCCUUCCUGUAUAUCGAAAACCCUGAAGAAUGGCAAUCAGAGCCUUUAUUAGUUUGCUAAUAAAGGCCUUCCUCCCCUAAAAUGUUUGUAUGUCUAUAUAAAUGCAUCUGUGGCUUCACCGCUCAGACGCUCCUAGAUGCUAAUACUUAAUUUAAACCAUUUCUUGAUUAUUUUAUGGUGAAUAAUUUCUAAUCUAAAGUUUACCCGGUGAAGCAUAGAUUUAAAAAUCAAACGCUGAACUGCUAAGUGCUUUCCCAAUCAUGAGCUUUGCUCUCAAAAUUCUUAAAAGUUUAGAAUAAUGAUAGAACUUGAACUAUCCAUAGCAUAAUAAGAUGUUUUAAAAAUAAUUAAGAGUUUGUGGUUUAAUACGUCUUAUUAAUACACCAUGAAUCUACAGGCGCAAUUUUCUUGAUCUUUCCUAAUUGGCUUGAUAUUUUCUGCUUGCUUCUAGUCGAAAAGAAAUAUAUUGGAGAGACAAAUUAGCUGCGCAUGCAGAUUUAAUAUUCGUAAAUUAGACAAAAUCUAUAAAUGCGGUAAUGUGUAAAUAAAAAAAAAAUUAAACAGUCCCUUUAGAAAACUAAUCAAUACUAAUAAAAUCUUUUAAA